AAGGUGCUGGUGUCUCACACUGCCAGGAACCUGAGGUCCCGUGUGCCCAUCUGCCUCCCAACGUCACCAAUGCGACCAUGGGAACUGGCAGUGAAUAGGCGGCCACCCUCUGCCCCUUUUAACCAGCGCCGUUUCUCGGGGGGACCCUGCAGCAGCCCUGAUCACCUCCGGAGAAGCCCCCCUGCCAGGCGUCAGUGGGGACGACGCGACCGACCUCUGGCAACCCUGCUGGGCCAGGAUGAGCCCCAGCAGCACCCUGCCUUCCCCCAGCAGCCGCACGGCCCUGUAGAUGAGCCCCGUGCCUACGCUCUCCCCAGCACGCCGCCACGAAUGCUUCACCCGGCCGCUCACCCGCCCCACCAGAACCCAUUCAUGGUGGAUCUGCAUGACCAGGUGCACCAGGGACCUGUCCCUCUCUCCUACACGGUUACCACCGUCACGACGCAAGGCUUCCCCAUCCACGCCGGCCAACACAUCCCUGGGUGCAGCACCCAGCAGCUCCCAGCAUGCUCAGUGAUGUUCAGUGGACAGCACUACCCGCUCUGCUGCCUCCCGCCCCCGCCUCCGCCACCCCCACCGUACUACCCGAGCUUCCUGCCCUAUUUCCUCUCUAUGCUUCCCGUGUCGCCGACGGCUGUGGGGCCCACGAUCAGCCUAGACCUGGAUGUGGAUGAUGUGGAGAUGGAGAAUUAUGAGGCGCUGCUAAACCUGGCUGAGCGGCUGGGGGAGGCCAAGCCACGGGGACUCACCAAAGCAGACAUUGAGCACCUCCCGUCCUACCGCUUCAACCCCGAGAGCCACCAGUCUGAGCAGACCCUGUGUGUCGUGUGCUUCAGCGACUUCGAGGCCCGGCAGCUUCUCCGAGUCCUUCCCUGCAACCACGAGUUCCACGCCAAGUGUGUCGACAAAUGGUUAAAGGCGAACCGCACGUGCCCCAUCUGCCGGGCAGACGCGUCGGAGGUGCAGCGGGAGGCGGACUGA